UGGCAACCGGCGGCGGUGUUGUGUCUUUGUCCGGCCCUGGUUACUGUCGCUAACCGAAGACUAGUUCAUCAUCAGAAACACAUGCAGUAUGAGAGGGGAAUCGAAAACUGUAUUCAUACAUGCGUUAAAGCAUUAAUAUUGAUUAUAUUUGUGUAUUUCUUUUGUGGAUUAGCGGGAUAUAUGACAGACACACAAUCACUAAUGGACAUAUAGAUAUAUGAAUAUAUUUAGCAGCGAUGGCCAGUGAACCGCUCGAAGGUUUUCAUGAGGUGAAUCUGGCAUCACCCACAACUCCAGAUCUUCAUGGCAUUUCUGAGCUGACUCUACCGAAGCACAACGCUCCACCCAGCGCACUGUAUCGCACACACUCCCUGACCUCCAACGCUCUGACAGCUGACCAGCUGCCCACACAGCCGGUGUACUCCACCCCACGACAUCUGACCUCAGACGACACACACAACAGCAGUGGACAUGAUCCUGCGGUUAGUGUGGACGGGGUGAACGGUGGUGUCCUGUCAUGUGAUGCAAAUGAUGUUCUGAGCGUGAGCACUGACAGUCUGUCACGUCUCAGAAGUCCAUCAGUAAUGGAAGUCAGAGAGAAGGGCUAUGAGAAACUGAAGGAGGAGCUCACCAAAGCACAACAGGAGCUUAAGUUAAAAGACGAGGAGUGUGAGAGACUUUCUAAAGUGAGAGAUCAGCUGGGGCAGGAGCUGGAAGAUCUCACUGCGAGCCUGUUUGAGGAAGCUCAUAAGAUGGUGCACGAGGCGAAUCUGAAGCAGGCCACUGCAGAGAAGCAGCUGAAGGAAGCUCUGGGAAAGAUCGAUGUUCUGCAGGCAGAGGUGUCCGCUCUGAAGACACUGGUUCUGUCCACAUCACCCACCUCACCCUGUAAAGAGAUGCCACCCGGACACAAAGCCCCAUUUAGGAAAGGCCAUGCUCGCAACAAGAGCACCAGCAGCGCCAUGCUGGGCAGCCAGGAGAUCGCAGUGACCCAAUCCAUUAUACGCGAAUCCAAAGAGGUGGACAUACUGCUCUUCACUGAGUUUAAAGCUUGGAAAGAAGAACCGAGUCUAGAGAAGAGCUGCUUGUUCCUGGAGCGCAUCUACAGAGAGGAUAUUUAUCCCUGUCUGACAUUCUCUAAGAGCGAGUUGGGCUCAGCGAUACUGGACGCGGUGGAGCAGAACACACUGAGUGUGGAGCCGGUGGGGUUUCAGACACUGCCAGUGGUCAAAGCUUCUGCCGUCGAGUGUGGGGGACCCAAAAUGGCACAAACAGUCGUGAAGUGUGCUCUCUGUGGUCAAACCAAAACCUGCAAGCACAGAAUCAAGUUUGGUGAUUCAAGCAACUAUUAUUACGUGUCUCCAUUCUGCCGCUAUCGGAUCACCUCCGUGUGCAACUUCUUCACGUACAUCCGUUACAUCGUUCAAGGACUAGUCAAACAGCAAGAUGCAGAGCACAUGUUCUGGGAGGUCAUGCAGCUACGGAAGGAGAUGUCAAAUGCCAAGCUGGGUUACUACAAGGACGAACUGUGAAAAAGUCCCUCAGAGUCAUGGGAGUGUCAUCUAAACCUAACCAACUGGUACUUGACAUGGAGUUCACCAGUCCUGUUAAAGUGGCUUCAUAUGGACCACCACACCUGAACUCCACCAUUACAUCAUAUGUAUUGAAGCAGAGGACAUUUAUGAAAUAUGGAGUAGUGACACGAAAACAUGAGCGGUACCUGAAAAUUGUUCUUUCUGUAGAAUCUGUAUUUUAUUCAACCAAUGAAAGUUGUAAACACACUAAUAAAGCUGUCUCAAAGUCUCUGACAAUGAAAUGUUAAAUGCUAGCUAGUGGUGUGUUGUGUUGUUGUGUUUGUGUAUCGGGAAUGUUCUGUGUGUAUGUAUGUGUGCAAAAAGUGUAUUUCCUCAGAAAUCCCCAAACUCAUUUCACUUCUUCAUUUUGAUUUGAGUGCCUUUCUGAAAUAAAGUUUGACACAUCUAGAGGAGAAAAAAAUGUUGCUG